UGACCAGAUGGCAUGAGUCUGGCAAGAAGAGGCUGAAAAUGGUGAUGUCAUGAAAAGAGGGGUCGGUUACUAUGUUCUCAGCAUGUUCCCUUAUCCUGAAGGGUUUCCUUCAGAGCAGGAACUAAAGAACCUUUAAGGGUUAACUUUUUUUUCCAUCCCUAAUAGAAAUAAGCGACACUAUAAAACUCUGGGUUUGAACCUUCAGCCAGCACAAAUGCAUCUGUAUGAUUCUCUGGGCUGUAAAUGACUCGGUUCAAUAAUGAAUCGAAUCAGUAGAGUUGUAAUGAAUAGUGUCGGAGCACAUUUCUUAUCAACAUCUGGAUGAAUUACAGCCCCGGACGUGUUUGUGCAGAUGAUUUUGGACCCGUUGUUGCGCUCGGUUUUAACGGCUCAGAAUGAAUGCGUCUGAGGGAUUUGGGGUCCUCAACUUGACUCGAGAACAUCUGGACGGCGCGAGAGGCUGCUGCAACUUCACAUCUGCCGCCGUGUCUGUCGGCACCGGCACCGGAGACGUGUUCAUGCACGAGCGCGAGCAGUUCGUGGCUCGGCUCGUGCAGAUCGCCGUGCUUUGCGUGCUCUCACUCACCGUCGUCUUUGGCGUCUUCUUCCUCGGCUGCAAUCUACUUAUCAAGUCCGAGAGCAUGAUGAACUUACUGGCGGAGGAACGCAGACCGUCAAAAGACACGGAGCUCAUCACUGCCGCGUGACAUUCGGUGUUUUGGGGAACCGGGUGAACCGGCGCUCGUGCGCUCACCCCAGACAUGUCAUUUAAUAUAUUGUGAUACUUCUGACUUUUUUCUUUUCUUUUUCUUUUUUUUUUUUUUAAACCUGAAUCAUGCACUUUAAACUUUAUUUUAAGACUGCAAAACAAAGCAUGCCGAAAUAAAUGUGAUUUUAUUGUAUUUUAAUAUUUCCUUGUGUACAACAGUAAUUAACAUAGCACUAUAUUUUAAUAUAAACGCAGUGGUUUAUUAUAGACUCAAAGAAACUCAUGGAUUAUUUUUCCCUUUCAUUAAAAAUGUAAAGUCUUACGAUUGUGGCAUGACUGUAACAGUGAGUUGAGAAAAUAAAUAAAUAAAUAUAAAUAUCGCAGAA